CAAUGCGCUUCACUCUCGCCGCUGUUCUCGCUCUCCCGCUCCUCGUCAGCGCUGCCGCUCCUGGCAACAACAAGUGCAACACUGGCGAAGUGCAAUGCUGCAACCAGGUCACGACCCCCAAGGACGCCGCGCAGAGCGACGUUACCGCUGGCCUUAUCGGCGCCCUCAUCGGCCCCAUCACUGGCCCCCUUGUCGGCCUUCACUGCAGCCCGCUGUCCCUCGUUGGUGUCGGUGGCGCGUGCCAGGCCUCGGCGCAGGCGGUCUGCUGCGAGAACGUCCACGAAACCGGCCUCGUCAACGUCGGUUGCACGCCCAUUGACCUGAAGGCGUAGACGUUCGCGCUUCACACCAAGUGCUCGUGGUUGAGAGAGUUCGAGAGGGGGUGGGAGGGAGGGAGUGGGAUGGGCUAUGGUGGAUAUCCUAUGGACUGCUAAUACUUGCCUGCAUCUGUGGUCGCUUCGGUGAAAAACCUCAGUUGCGUGCUCGCUAAGGUACUCUCUGGAGGGGGAUUACAAUGAACGCAGUUAACGCUGGGUUCAAUUGACACCGGAGGGGUUGAAGCUGGCUGGACUUCCACAGCCUUCAGCCAAGGUGACUUCACCUUCCUGAUCGUGGGAAUUUACAACCAACUAUGGAGUGCUUUGUUCUUUUUGCGGCUUGUCCAUGACACCCAUGGUCCCAAUCAACGGAGAAGGACUGAACCAG